AUGGAUUCCGCGAAGCAGGCCGUCGAUUCCGUCACCGAAGGCGUCAAGAAGGUCGCCCUCGGCGGUUCUAACAAAGACAAAGCCCCCAAGAAGGAGAAGAAGGUCAAGGACACCGGCGAUGCUUCGGCGGGGCCUCUCGAGCUCAACCCCCCUCCCGAGUUCCUGCAGAAGCGCCUGGAUCUGUUCGACAAGUUGAAGAAGGAGUAUGAUGAAGAGAUUGCCAAGAGACCGCGUGAGCCUAUUACUAUCACUAUGCCAGACGGCUCCGUCCGUGAAGGCACGAGCUACGAGACCACUCCCGGUGAGAUCGCUAAGAGCAUCUCCAACAGCCUAUACAAGCGAACCGUUGUGGCAAGACUAAAUGGGGACGAGAGCCAACUUUGGGAUUUGGACCGACCCUUGGAGAAGAGUUGCAAGCUGGAACUGUUGUCUUUCGAGGAUGAGCAGGGCAAGCAAGUUUUCUGGCAUAGUUCAGCUCACAUUCUCGGCGAGGCGUGCGAGAGGCGAUUCGGAUGUUCUCUCUGCAUCGGACCUCCUGUCGACAAUGGCUUCUACUAUGAGAUGGCUCUUCCUGGAGGCGCUGCUGUGCAGGCUAGUGACUGGAAGCCUCUGGAGUCUCUUGUGGGAUCGAUCGUCAAAGAGAAGCAGAAGUUCGAGCGUCUUGAGAUGACCAAAGACCAGCUCUUGGAGAUGUUCAGCUACAACAAGUACAAGCAGCACAUCAUCAAUGAUAAGAUCCCUGAUGGCACAAAGACCACUGUCUACCGAAACGGUCCGCUCAUCGAUCUUUGCCGUGGGCCUCAUGUCCCCAGCACCGACCGCAUCGAGGCUUUCAGCAUUAUGAAGAAUAGCGCCUCUUAUUUCCUUGGCUCGCAGGAGAAUGAUUCUCUUCAGCGCGUUUACGGCGUUAGUUUUCCUAGCAAAAAGGAGUUGGCCGCACACAAGAAGUGGCUUGAAGAGGCAGCAGCUCGUGACCAUCGCAAGAUCGGCCAGGAUCAGCAGCUUUUCUUCUUCCACGAGCUCUCUCCUGGCAGUGCGAUGUGGCUGCCUCAUGGCGCCCGUAUCUACAACACUCUGCUGGCGUACAUCAAGGAGCAAUACUUCAAGCGUGACUACCACGAAGUAAUCUCGCCCAAUAUGUACAACGCAGACCUCUGGAAGAUAAGCGGACACUGGGACCAUUACAAGGAUGACAUGUUUGUUCUCGAUGUCGACAAAGAGAAAUUCGGUCUCAAGCCGAUGAACUGCCCUGGCCACUGUCUCAUGUUCGCACACACACCCAAGGCCUAUCACCAGCUGCCCUGGCGAGUUGCUGAUUUUGGAGUACUUCAUCGUAAUGAGGCGAGUGGUGCCUUGUCUGGCCUAACCCGUGUUCGCAGAUUCCAGCAGGAUGACGCACACAUCUUCUGCAGAGAAGAUCAAAUCAAGCAGGAGAUCAGUGGCUUGUUUGAUUUCCUCCGUGAGAUGUAUGGUCUUUUAGGAUUCACUUUCAAGCUCAGGCUCUCCACUCGUCCGGAGAAGUACAUGGGCGAACUUGAGACCUGGGACCGAGCAGAAGGCAUGCUCAAGCAGGCGUUAGACGAGUUUGCAACCACGGAUGGCGGUGUGCCAUGGACUUUGAACGAAGGCGACGGCGCCUUCUAUGGUCCCAAAAUUGACAUCAAAAUCAUGGAUGUCUUGAACCGAGAAUGGCAAUGUGCUACCAUCCAGCUCGACUUUCAGCUUCCCCAGAACUUUGGGCUUGAAUACGUCUCGGCCGAUACCCCGACCAAGGCUAAGGAAGACGAAGCUGCUCCCGUCCCCAAGGUUCCUGAGUUCAAGGCAAAGGAUCCUCAAGCUAUUAUCGAUUCCGCGACCGGCACUGGCGAGGAUGACAAAAAGAAGCGAGUGGUUAAGCCUUUGACCACUGGAUGCCAGCGCCCUGUGAUCAUUCACCGUGCUAUGGCAGGAUCAAUUGAAAGAUUUACCGGCAUUCUCAUUGAACACUUCGGUGGCAAGUGGCCUUUCUGGCUUAGCCCGAGGCAGAUUAUGGUCAUUCCAGUUGGCAAGGGAUUCGUCGAGUAUGCUGAAGAGGUUCAGUCCAUCUUCAAGAAGCAUGGCAUGUGGUGUGAUGUCGACUUGUCAGGAAACACCCUGCCUAAGAAGAUUCGUAGCGCUCAGCUGAGCCAAUACAAUUUUAUCUUCGUUGUGGGCGAUGAAGAGAUGAAGGGUCGACAAGUCAACGUCCGUUACCGUGAUGACACCUCCAGCCAGGAUCGUGGCAAGCCGGUGCCAUUAGACGAGGCCAUUGAGAAGCUCAAGAAGCUUCGCGAGGAGCGCGGCACCUACAACCCUUUCCCGGCCAGUGCUAAGCUCGCGGUUAAGGAAGACAAGGCAUGA